AAAAGUUUCAAAAAAAACAAAUGUUUGUGGUGGUCAACGGUAAAACAGCUCGUAUUUGAGUGAGUCUUGUUUCAUCACCAUUUCAUCAAUACAAGUUUAUACUCUCUAAGUACAUUUUGUGACUAAACAAGUAAUCAGUCUUAAGAUGGAAGGCAAAACUGUGAUUUUAAGUGUGCUCAUAAUGAGUCUUCUCAUGGUGCAGAAUCAAGUCGAAGCAAAGAUUUGUUGCCCGAGCAAGACUGCCGCGCUCAUAUUUAUGAAAUGUCUUGCUGGAGUUUCGCCUUUGCAUAAUUGUUUAGUUAUCAAUCAUUGCCAAAAUAGAUGGAUGAGAUGUCCUCAAACACUUCCAAUUGAGGUUCCCGAAAAAACUGGUGAUACUGUCAAUGAAUACUGCCAGUUGGGAUGUGCAUCCUCUGUGUGCGGUGCCUUAACCACUCUCCAGGACUCCGAUGCAACUGAAAUUGUGAAUGAAGCGGUUGCACAGUGCACCAAUGCAUGUUCUAGUUUCUGCACCAAGGACUCAGCUAAUGCAGUUGUAACUGCAUAAGAAACAUAUCGACGACCUAUGUAUUGUAUGUGUUGUUGUUGUUCUCCCUGUUUUCAAUGCUAGUCUUGUGCUAUUUCUUGGUUUUCUAUGUUAUGUAGAAGGUCAUCGAUCCCUUCUAUAUAUAAAUAAAGAAUAAUGUUUCCGUGAAGACUAUUAUCUAAACAAACUCUUUGCUCA